UGAGUGUUAUGACAAAGCUAAGGAGAGGCAUGUUAGGUAUUCGAUACCUUGUUAAGUAUUAUUGUAAAAGUGUCACCUGGUCACAUUGAUCUUGUGCCCUUUAGCUACACAUUUUGAAUUGUAACACAUUCUGGAAAUAUACGCGGCCUGAUACACAACAGAAAAUAUAUUCGAGUUUUAGUAAAAAAACGGACUAAGCGAGUUAUCGAUGUUCCCAAUACAGAUUUCUCACUUGCUAUAUGAGCACAUAAUGGAACCCGACUACUUGCAUUUUAUAUGUAACACCAUAACCGCAACUAAUGUAUGGAUAUAUAGCAGUAUUAUUCUUUUUACUGUAUGUUUCUAUUGGAUGUUUUUUGUACCAUUUAAUUGGACUAAGCAUUUGGAUGAGGUCAACUUUGGGCAAGAUACUAAAAAAAAUAAUUAUUCUAAUAAAGAAAAUAAACGCCACGCAAUAUGUCGUUUAAGAAGAGCAAGAAAAAUUAAAUCCAAGGAGUUACCUCCACCUUUUCCUAAUGGUUGGUAUGGAAUUCUCGAAUCUUCAAAGCUUCACGCUGGCGAGGCAAAAUUUGUAUCAUGUUUGGGGGAAUGUUUUGUUGUUUAUCGAUCAGAAGAACAGCAAGUAUUUAUUUUAGAUGCCUACUGUCCACAUUUGGGAGCUAAUCUGGGCAUAGGAGGUCGUGUAGUAGGUGAUAACAUAGUAUGCCCGUUCCACCAAUGGAGCUUCCGAGGUACAGAUGGAGCGUGCAUAAAUGUACCGUACAGCUCGUGUGUUCCUCAAACUUCUAAAGUGAAGAAAUGGAUAUCUAAAGAAGUGAAUGAAUAUAUAUUUGUUUGGUACCAUGCUGAACCUACUGAAAAUACUUGGGAUCUCCCAAUUUCAAUGGAAAUUCAAAGUGAUCAAUACGUGUAUCACGGGCGCAAUGAGUUUUACAUUAGCUGUCAUAUCCAGGAAAUUCCCGAAAAUGGAGCGGAUUUAGCUCAUUUUUCAGCAAUUCAUAAUGAAAGUAUAUUUGCUGGCAGCUCAAACCCCAAAAAAAGUAUUUUCUCUACUGUUGGGUAUCAUCAUUGGAGUGCCAGCUGGAGUCCAUGCAAAGGCGCAUAUAGACACUUUGCCGUUAUAACAUUAAAUCAUUCAUUGGAAAUCACAAAAAAAUGGCACCUUUUUCAUAUGAAAGUAGUAGCCAAACAAAUUGGUCCAUCUUACGUUCAACUUAAUAUGUGUUCUCCAACAUUGGGCUCCUUUCAAAUUUUACAAACGAUUACGCCUGUCGAGCCAUUACUGCAGAAGGUUGUGCAUAGAUUCUAUGGACCAAGAUGGCUAGCUCCAAUAAUGAAAAUUUUUAUUUUUGGAGAAAGUAUAAUGUUUGAAAGAGAUAUUAAUAUAUGGAACCAUAAAACUUUUCGAAGCAACCCAUUACUUGUAAAAGAGGACACAUCUUUAAAAAGAUUUCGGAUUUGGUAUGGGCAGUUCUACACAGCUAACAGUAAAACAUUUUGUGAAUCACAAAAACACAAUUGGUAGGUCUGUGUAAAAUUUCCAAAUAAUGUAAUUGACAUGGCAAUUGUAAUAAAUAAUAAUGAUUUUAA